UUCUCCCAUCCCUUUCCUCCUUCUCCCUCCCCCGCCUCUUUCUCUUUAUUUCCCUCCAAAUUUCAAAAAUCCCCUCCGAAUCUCACCAUUACUUCCCGCCAAAAAAAAAAAAAAUUUAAAAAAAAAUCCCAAACAAACCAAGAAGGCAAAACCCGAACAGGAAGAAGAAAUCAAGAAAGCAAAAGAAAAUAACAGAGGAGAAGAAAUAGAAUUCCAAUGGCGAAAGAUGAUGAGGAGUUCCGGGGCGAGAUCGAGGAGCGGCUGAUCAACGAGGAGUAUAAGAUCUGGAAGAAGAACACGCCGUUUCUCUAUGAUCUUGUCAUUACCCACGCCCUCGAGUGGCCGUCACUGACUGUGCAGUGGCUGCCCGACCGCGAUGAGCCUCCUGGGAAGGACUACUCAGUGCAGAAGAUGAUUUUGGGGACCCACACGUCGGAGAAUGAGCCUAACUACCUGAUGCUGGCCCAGGUGCAGCUGCCGCUGGAGGAUGCGGAGAAUGAUGCCCGGCAGUACGAUGAAGAGAGAGGAGAGAUUGGUGGGUUUGGGUGUGCCAGUGGGAAGGUGCAAAUAAUUCAGCAGAUAAAUCAUGAUGGGGAGGUUAAUCGUGCUCGCUAUAUGCCUCAAAAUCCUUUUAUUAUUGCGACAAAGACAGUGAGCGCUGAGGUUUAUGUUUUUGACUAUAGCAAGCAUCCCUCUAAGCCUCCUCUAGAUGGUGCAUGCAAUCCUGAUUUGAGGUUGAGGGGCCACAAUACUGAAGGAUACGGUUUAUCUUGGAGUCUUUUCAAAAAGGGCCACCUACUGAGUGGCUCUGAUGAUGCUCAGAUAUGCUUGUGGGACAUUAACGCAACUCCUAAGAACAAGGCUCUUGAGGCUCAACAGAUUUUUAAAGCCCAUGAAGGUGUUGUAGAAGACGUUGCAUGGCAUUUGAGGCAUGAAUAUCUAUUUGGUUCUGUUGGUGAUGAUCAUGGAUUGUUUAUAUGGGACCUGCGCACGCCAUCAGCCAACAGACCAGUCCAAACAGUAGUUGCUCAUCAACGUGAGGUUAACUGCUUGGCAUUCAAUCCCUUCAAUGAGUGGGUCGUCGCAACGGGUUCAACUGAUAAAACUGUUAAGCUAUUUGACCUACGCAAGAUCGAUACUGCUCUUCACACCUUUGAUUCCCACAAGGAGGAGGUUUUCCAAGUAGGAUGGAGUCCAAAGAACGAGACAAUAUUAGCAUCUUGCUGUCUUGGUAGGAGAUUGAUGGUGUGGGAUCUUGGCAGGAUCGAGGAGGAACAGACGCCGGAGGAUGCGGAAGAAGGCCCGCCGGAGCUUCUCUUCAUACAUGGGGGCCACACCAGCAAGAUCUCUGAUUUCUCGUGGAAUCCCUGUGAAGAUUGGGUUAUUGCAAGUGUGGCUGAAGACAACAUCCUUCAAAUCUGGCAGAUGGCCGAGAACAUAUACCACGACGAAGAUGAUCUGACCCGUGAUGAGCCCUCAAAGGCCCUGUAAUCUCAGAUUCUCACUGUGAGUUUUUCUUAGGCCGACAUGUACAUCUAAAUGUGCUGCAUAUAUCUGAGCCAUCAAUGAGGUGGGCCCCACUGUAGUUGACCCGGCCGAAAAGUGGGGCACCUCAGUUCAUCGGGCAGACGACACAUACAGAAGUGGUGGGCUGUUUAUGAAAGAGUUUGCCAUGAUCCAUGCCCAUGGUAUAAAUGUGGCCCACUUUAUGAGUUGACCGACCUGAUUUGUGGGGAAGGCCAUCGAUGCAGUGGGGUCCACGUGAUGCAUGGUGUGGAUGGCCGCUGGGGCUUCUGGAGAUGUCUGAUUGUGUGGGAAAAGUGAAAAUGGGGGAAGAUGAAAAUGAGAAAUGGAUUGUCUUCCAUUUUUCUACUGAUCUUUUUGUUGUUGUUGUUGUUGCAAUUAAAGGACUGAUUUUAGUUAUCUUUUUGCUAACUGUUAUGCAUUCUCCUUCUCUUUGA